AUGGCUUCGACUCAACAAAAGUUGAAUACGGCUGCUGAAGCAGAAGACAUCAAUGGCUUGUACAAGUGCAUAGGAGAAGACCCACAUAUUUUGGAUCAUAUAGAUAACAUUCCUUUUGUUGAUACUCCUUUACACACAGCCGCCUCAGCUGGACGUACCAAUUUCGCCUUAGAAAUGAUGAACUUAAAGCCAUCGUUUGGCAGGAAGCUGAGCCCGGAUGGGCUAAGUCCCUUGCACUUGGCUUUGCAAAAUCGACACUUUGAGACUGUAAGACAGCUCAUAAGUUUUGACAAGGAGCUCAUACGCGUCAAAGGAAGGGAGAGCAUCACUCCUUUGCACUAUGUAGCCCAAGAAAAUGAGAGGCAACUUUUGGCUGAAUUUCUAUGUGAUUGUCCGGCAGUAAUAGAGGACCGAACAUUUUGCGGUGAGACUGCAUUGCAUAUUGCUGUGAAAAGAUUGAAUUCAGCAGCCUCUCAAAUUGUGAAGUUAAUACUUGAUCAAAACUACAAUAACAGAAAUGCAGAGAAUUUCAAGGGCUUCACGUCUCUAGAUCUCGCAAGACGAUUUGAUAGUGAAGAAAUUCAUGAUAUUUUCCUCAGCACAAAAGUUUCUUGUGGUUCAUCAUUUGCUAAGGAUAUCUAUAGUCUAACUGAUUUUUUAGAGUCAGGUGAUGGUUUUUUUGAAGUUAUACGUGGAUGGAUUUUUAGAGUGCGAAGUGGUAUGCCAUUGGAGAUUCCAUUUCUCAGUUUGGUACUACUAUUAGUGGGUGUUUUGGAAGUAAUAUAUGGAUGGAUUGUUAGAGCUCAACAAGGGCUACAAUUCGUAGUUUCCAAAUGCCCACUCCUACUAUAUGUACCAUUAGUAAGCAUUGUGUUCGUAGUUAUAAUUAUGGGUGAUUUUAUUCGUGACCCCACCAUCACGUCCUCAACGGCCACUUUCCAAACAAGUCUUAGCCCUCCAAGCGGAGUUGUUGAUAUUGAUAACAAUCAUAAUCUUCCCAUUAAUAACGCCACCACAAUGUCCACAACAACGGGCACUUUCCAAACUGGACUUAACCCUCCAGGUCCUGGCAGAGUCGUUGAUCACAGUCAUAAUCCUCCUACUUCCAACAUAACCGCUGCUUACCCUAUGCUCUUAAUUGCCAUGAUUAUAAUUGCCGUAUCAAGUCCUUGGGGUCCUGUGUUCGGGGUUUUCAUAAUCUGUCUGAUGAUCAGCUGCAGGUUUUUAUUUGCCUACAUAUCACCAUCAUUGUCACCCAGUAGCAUUUUUGGCUAUCUACCCUUUUGUGCACUUUUGGCUUGUGCCGGUAGUUUCCUUUUCAGUUGCUUCUGGAAUGAUACCAUAUACUGUUUCCUGUCAGACCCUAAGAAUAAACACUUUCAGAUGCUGCAACGCUUGUUUGAUGAAUUAAAUUAA